GGUAUAAAAGUCAGGCAAAUUAUUUCACAGUCUAACUGCACGAACCGCUAUUGCAAUUGCGUAAAUGAUCUUUCUGUCCCGAAGAAGAAUUCGCCGAGAAUGUCGACUCUUCUCUCGUCCUCUUUCUUUUCACAUCCAACCAGUAGCUUUCAAAACUACUUUCUCACGAACGUCGAAAAUGAAAAGAAUUUCUACAAAUCAGCCAAGGUUGAAGACUAUGACUUAGACAUAUUGUCCGCGGAUUUCUAUCAGCAUCUGGACGAUCUUGACUCCCCUUUGUAUAUCGACGAGCAACAAGCUUGGUCUUUAGACGACGAAGAUGAGAUAUCAAGUCUUGCUGUGAGCUUACAGAACACACUUCUCCUUCAGAGGCAAAAGAAGAGACCAAAACGACCACCAGAGGGAUAUUUAUGCCACCUUUGCUUCUGCAAGGGCCAUUAUAUCAAAGAUUGUCCCCAGGCCAGACCAAAAGGCGAGGGCCUCACUCCAUACCAAGGGAAGAAACGAUGUUUCGGAGAAUUCAAAUGCCCCCUGUGCAAGCGAAAGUGGAUGAGCGGCAACAGCUGGGCAAAUACUGGGCAACAGUGCAUUAAGUGUUACAUAAACGUGUAUCCUCAUAAGCAAAGACCGCUGGACAAGCCCGACGGCCUCGACGUAUCCGAUCAGACCAAGGAACAUCCUCAAGAUCUCUGUGAAAAAUGCAAGGGCCUUGGUUACUAUUGUCGCCGUGCUCAACAAAGUUAAACAAAUUAGACCCUCAAAAUGGUGCUUAAGUUCAGGGCAUCCUGGCAGACCCGAAAAUUUUGGAUUACUCCAGGGUGGGGGUAGGGAGUAUUUUGAAAUCGAAUGAUUUUGAUUGCUUUUGUAGAUAGCCUUCUGUGAAGACCACAUUGGCAGCUGCUAUGUAGCUGGGAUUACUUCUGGGGAACCGAGCGUAAUGCAUCAUUUGAUGCGUUCUCUCUGUUUUCAUUAGAAUCAUACACAUCGUUAUAUAAUUUUGAAAAUAUUGUGGAUAUCGACUCUCCUUGAGGGAGACCAAACUGCCAGUAAAUGAAACCCUCUCUUUAACUUAUCUAAAUCAUUGUAAAUUAUGUCGCUAGCGUGGUUUUAACUGGUACAAAGUCUUUCUCCAUAGCGCUUUUUACACACAUUUAUUUUAUGGUCGCUAAGAAUUUUGUAUUAUGUCGUGAGAAUACAGUAUUUGAAUAAGGAAAAUUGUUAAACAAGAAAAAAAUCAAUUCUAUUAACUAUUCUACUUUAUGACGCGUCAGAUUUACAGUUUUCUUUUCUGGAGAUUGAAUGUUUAACAUGUUCCAAUCAAACACGAAAUCUAGUCUUUGUUUUCUCAAUACUAAGAAACUUCAAGUUAAUUUGAAUUUUGGUAUAUAGCCUAUCCACAGAACCAAAUGCUUUUUUAAAUUCGAAGUAAAGAAUAAUGGAUGAAAACUAUUCAGCGAAGUUAUACUCAGCUACUCAGAAAUUAAUUUUCAGAAAAGUGAAAGGUUUGGAAAACUAGAGUUGUAUUCAUUUAAUGCAUUUGCACAGAGGGAGUAAUAUUUCUACAAAAAAAAAAUAAUUAUUUGUCGUAAGUUUUGAGUGUUUUUGUUAAUAUUGCUGUGAUUGUAAGUAAUCGUUCAUACAGGAUACCAUGUUUUCUUCCAAGAUUGUUCUUGUAUUUCUCUCAAAAGAUAUCAUUGGCUUUUAUGCUGAGUAUGCAUAAGUUAACCUUAGUUCAAGGUUUUGUUUGCGUUUAGGAGUAUGAAAUGCAGAACGACUUUCGAAUGAUUUUCCAUGGGGGCAUGUUUCAAUUUAGUGUAGAAAAUAAUCCCGGACUUCAAUGGUUCGUCUUUGCUUCGCUCUCUGAUUGGUUCUGAAGAGCAGCGACAUCCUCUCGACCAAUCGGGAGAAAAACUAACGACAUGGCCACCCGCGUUUUAAUUCCCGCGCUUUGAGAAUUUUGUUGUUUUUAAUUUGAAUUCUCGUUGGCUUUUAAAAACAGUUUCUAAAGUUUCUUUUGACUGGCCAUUGUGAUAACUUUGUAUCGGUUUUACAAUACUUUAUCAGAAAGCGCUUUUUUCUAAAGCGCAGGAAAACAUGCAUUACAAGUUAAAAUUCUCGAGUUAAACGUACAAAGAGGCGGAGUAAUCAUCAAUUGCUUCCUAACUCACGCUUGAUUGACCAAUAUUUAAAACAAAAAAGCGAGGAAGUUUCGGAAAUGUUUCUUAUUAAAUCUUUACAAUAUACUUAAAGGUCAUUUGAAAGCGUUCUGAUUAAGUUUUUAAUGAAAGAAAACUAUACACGUUCUAGUGUAGAAUCACCAUGUUUUGAUAGAGGAGAUCAUAUAGAGAAACUGGGAGAUAUAUUGUCAAUUAUUACGUACGCUAGUGUUACUGGGAAGACUUUAGUGCUAUUUGCUUAUUUUGUCAAUGACGAGGCACAAUUUAGACCAAAAAAAAGCAAGUGAGAAAAUAUUAUGUUAUUUGGUGGAAAAACUUUUUAAUAAACUUGUGGGAACUUUCGUCAACAA